GGGAUUUCCAUGAAAUCGGACUCAAAGUCGGCCGUCCGACUUCUCGGGCGCCUAGUGCGCCUAAUAGGGCGAUUUUACAGAGUCGGAGCUUUAGUCGGUUCACCCAAUUUAUUUUUCAGAAAUUCUCUUCCGCCACUGAGACUUCUUUCUAUCCGUCUCUCCCACCUUCUCAUCUUCUCACAAGUCUCUACCCUAGUCUCUAGCCUCAAUUAACGAUCUCCGAGCAACCUGUCUGAAGUUUGAAGCUCUCCACCACCAGGUACCAGCCGCACCAGUCGCACCAGCGAACACUUUUUCCAGGUUGGGUCCAUUGCUAUUUGGAUAGAUGAACUGUUCUGCAAUACUCAUAGUUUGGCCAGCUAAUAAAGUUAAUUAUUUCAGAAUGGAUCUGUUUUUUAUGGCUUAUAAGCUUAUUAGGUACAGUAUAAUUUUAGUUAAACCGUUAGAGUUGAUUAAAUUAACCUACUAAAAAUCUGAAACCUUUUAUAAGUUUGUGUAAACUAUAAACAGAUAAACUUAAACUGUCAACUUUGAACAUUCUUUUAUAAUUUAAUGUCAACUUUGAACAUUCAAGCUUUCCAGUAGUACGUUCUAAUGCAAAUUAAAAUUAACUGUAUUAAGGUUUAGACUUUACAGUUUUAGACUUUAGAGUAUAAUGUUGUAUGUAGUAGUAUUUGGCUAUUAGCUGGAAAACUGAAGCAAAAUGGAAGCCAACAAGUAACUAAGUACUCCAUGACAGCAAACAAUAGUUCAAAAACCAAAUGAAAAGAGAACAAAAAGUUCAUAAUCUUGACAUCAGACUAUUAUUUUCUUGCAAUGGAAUCACAGCAAACAUUAGUUCAAAAAACAAAUGAAAAAGGAACAAAAAGUGCAUAAUCUUGACAUCAGACUAUUAUUUUCUUUCAAUGGAAUCUAACGUAACAUACAAUACCUUUUGUAUGUAGUUAUAUGCAAUACUUUUUGUUCUCAUAGGGUAUCAAUGACUCAAUGUAUCAUCACAGUUAAAAUCUUAUCCAUAUUAACAAAACCGUUCUAGUUUAUAGGUUAUACACGUUAUAACAUGUAUUUUGAAUCCUUGAUUACUGAUUACUUGGCUGAACUUUUAAACUUUUGUUUAUCAAUUUGUUAUUUGGGAUAGUGAUCUAUGUUGAACUUGUUAGGUUCGUUGCUUAUUAAGUUGUUCAAUGGAAGCUCCUAUUUUUUAACCAUUUAUGGCAUUAAAUCAUUAAUUAUGGAAGCUUAUUUUUUAUUUUUUUUAGUGCAUACAUGGAUAAACACAUGGGUGAAUGACUGAAUUGAGGCAAAAAAAUACAUGCUCCGAGUUGCCGACUAAUCGCCGACUAGUCGCCGACUAGUCGGCCUAGGCGCUAGGCGGCCCUCUGCCGCCCGACUAGCGCCUAGCGAGUUUUAGAACAUUGAUAUGGAUAUUUAUUAAAAUAUAUAUAAGAGGAAUUUUAAGAGCAUCUGGUGUGCCACAUAAUCCUGCCAUGUCAUCAUAUAUAACAAUUAUAUAUUUAAUUACUAUUUAUACCUUUUUUAUUACAUUCUAUUUUUUAUUACAUAUUGAUAUGGAAACAAAAGACCGUCGCGUAUGAUAAAAUCCACCUUAUUGGAUAACUUUUUCAGAAUCUACUACUUACUCCGUAGUAAUAUGGAUUGUUAUUAAAAUAAGCAAUUAUUGCAACCACAACAAUAAAUAGUCAUCCGUGCACAUAGACUUUAUUAAAUUUAAUUAUUUUUAUACUUUUAUUUUUAUUACAUUCUAUUGAGAAGUGAAUUAUCCGUGUUUUGCGCACCUAACAAAUAAAUCAUCCAAGUUCCUAUCAAUUUUGUUCUUUAAAGUUAUUUUACAAAUAAAGUAAUAAUAGUGUUCCAUUUCCUAAAAAGUACGGAGUAAUAUUUUAUUUUUCUAAACUCAAUUUUUUGAAUGUUUUCUAAACUCAAUGUGAUAAUGACUAAAGUUAUCAGACUUAUAUUUGCAAUUGUGUUAAUACUUCGUAUUUUUUUGCAUCAUCAUACCAUUCUUUCUUAAUUGUUGAGAUAAUGAUGAAAAUUAUAACCACAAGAGUUUUUAACUUAAAAAUGAAAUUGAUAUAUACUAUUAGAUAUUCAUAUAUGAAAACAUUUAAAACUUCUGAUCAAGUAUCUUACCUUUAUGAGGAUGGAAAUGGAAAUUCAUAUCAUACAUAUAUGAAUACGUUUAGCCCAGCAAAAAAAGUAAACAUGUUUAGUUGUUUCUUUAUUUUUACAACUACAAUUUAGAUUUUCCUUCACUUUUGACAUAGAUUCCUAAUCUAAAUUAGGAAAUCUUCAUACAUUUAGGGUGUUUUUAAUUGGACUGGUUUCAGUCUUAGUGAUAGGUACAAGGAAAAAUCUGGCAAUGAAUUGUUGAUUUACUAAACUGAAAUUGAAGAAACAGAAAGUGACGAUACAGAUGAGGGCAAAUUCGAGAGUGCCUCGUCUCUCCCAAGUUCCAGUCCAAUCCAAGUUCUGCCUAACCUCCCCCCUCUCUCCUUCCCACUCUUAUAGUACUUAUAUUCUAACGGGCCAGCCCAUAUUUUAUAACCUGGCCCAAAAUUCUUAUUUAUACAAUAACAUACUUAUUUAAUAUCAAUCUAUUACUACUUUAUAAUUCUCUACAGCCCAGGGCCCUAUCAUAUCUCCCCCCUUGAACAACCACCUUGUCCUCAAGGUGGGUGAUAGGAGACAGCCUUGAUCUUCCACUUUAUCUUCAUCCUAACGCCUCUACCUUCUCAAUAUCUCACUGAUUUCUGAGUGAGGAGCUUCAGCACUUGAUCCUUCAUCUUUAUGUUCUUCACCAUAGGAUUUUCACGACAUCCAAGUAAUUCUUGCAUCUCACUGUGGUCAUCACCUUGGAGGAUUAUUCCUUCAGGUUGCUCUAAAAUAUCCAAAGCAUCAAAGAUGGGAAUCUCUGGCAGGCAAUCAUCUUGAGUUUGACCCUUCAGAAAAUGUUUCUCUCCUCUCCACGAGAUUGGAGAUGUAUCAGAUGUAUCAAUGAUCAAAGGGGAUCUGCCAAAGGAAGUACAUGAUUUCUGAAAUUUCAGCCUUUGCACUCCAAGAGAUUCCACACAUAGUUGCUGAGAUCCCACCUUUAAUUCACAUUUCACAAGAGACCCGUCUGUUGCUGCAAGUACUCCAUCCCUUGCAGCUUUAUUAAUUAACAAUCACCACCUUUUCAUUCCCAGCACAUAUGGGAACUGUCAGCAGGAAAGUCUGUCCACAAAAUCCUUGGUCCGACAAACUACUAUCGCUGAGAAUUUUUUUCUUUGGCUUUGAGAAGCUUUCGCAUACAGCUCUAACUCGUCCAAGCUCAUCAGUAUUAGUGACAAUUGACUUCCUGGAUGUUGUCAUCUGGCACUUGUUCAACCCCACCAUAGACACAGAAUCUCCACGACAAAGCGGUGGUUCAGCAAGGAGUUUGGCAGUAUAAACAGAUGGUGGCACAUGAACUUGCAGCACCACAAGAGGGGGUUCAACCACACACUCAGCAACAGAGGCAUUUGCUGAUUUUGUCACAAAACCAUCACAAUCUCUUAUUACCUCAUCAUCUAUCUUGGUCUCAAGCAAUUUUUCUUUUGUAAGUACUUGUGAGGAACCAUCAGAUAGAACAAUUUCAUCAGCUAACAAGCUCUUUUUCUCUGAAACUAACUUAUGACUGAUUUGCAUAUCUGUAACACCAUCUAUUGACUUGUUUUUAAAAUGUUGAGCUAUUUCAUUCAUUGGAGUUUCACCAACACAAUCAACACUUCUGUAGAACAAACCUUCGUUAUCGGAAUGGAUGCCAGAUAAAAGAAGCAAGCCUGGGGAUAAAACUGGCUUAGCCAUCCAUAAGCCAGGACUGUCAUUACUGUUGUACAUCUUUGGUUUCCAAGGAUCUCUCGGACUAUCAGGUAGAGCUCCAGUAGGUUGCGAUGUAUCCUCUUCUGGCUUCGACUCCAGGACUGAAGGUGCAGCUGUUUUCAAUUCUGUGUUCAUUGUGGUUAGUUGAGUCCCCUGCAGUCCCUUUCCUGAUGCGACUAAGUCGAUGGUUUUGCAGGCGGGUGAAUCUAACACAAGGUGAGAAAGGACAAACGAGGAUGAGCUGUGAGAUCGGGCGAGUGAGGAAACCUGCAAACUCAGAGACUUGGCUUGCGGCUUCGAACUGGAGAAGUUGCUAGCGACUACGACUGUUGGCCGCAAAUCUGACGGAUUAGGAGAAGUUGCUUGCAGAAACCCCUGAGAACUAGAAGCUACUGUUCGAGACGAAGGUGAAGCAGUCAGUGAUGACGUUUGCGAUUGCGAAGAGGAAAUUUGAGUAUGCGAACUGUUAGAAAUUGUCAAUUGCGAUCUGGGAGCUUCUUCAUGCGACACAGUCUGCGCACUUGGGGACGAAGAUGAUACCUGAUAGUAAGUUGGCCGACGGUGUCUAGGAGGGCUUCUAGCUCGGUCUCUAUGUCGCUUGAGUCUGUGUCGAAUUUUGCCAAACAUAUGGCGCAUCUCCUUAGCCCAAUCACUUUCAACCUUUUCCGCCAGCUUCUCUCCUUUUCUGAGCGACGCAUCCUGAUAGGAUCUUCCAUGCUCUCUGCGCAGUUCCUUUCCGCCAUGAGUAGACACACACUCCUCAGUGUUUGCGCGCAAACCAGAGGCGAUCGCUUUCCGUUCUGACCUUCGAUAGUCCUCGCGCCGCUCCAUUUCUUUUACCGCGUGACUUAGAUCGAAGCUUCCCAGGACAACUGCUCUGAUACCAAUGAUAGGUACAGGGAAGAAUCUGGCGAUGAAUUGGUUAUUUACUAAACUGAAAUUGAAGAAACAAAAAGUGACGAUACAGAUGAGGGCAAAUUCGAGAGUGCCUCGUCUCUCCCAAGUUCCAGUCCAAUCCAAGUUCUGCCUAACCUCCCCCUCUCUCCUUCCCACUCUUAUAGUACUUAUAUUCUAACGGGCCAGCCCAUAUUUUAUAACCUGACCCAAAAUUCUUAUUUAUACAAUAACUACUUAUUUAAUAUCAAUCUAUUACUACUUUAUAAUUCUCUACAGCCCAGGGCCCUAUCACUUAGACAAGAUCGGAUCAAAUAUCAAUCAUAAUAAUAAUUAUUAUUAUUAUUACUAUUAUUAUUAUUAUUAUUAUUAUUAUUAUUAUUAUUAUUAUUAUUAUUAUUAUUAUUAUUAUUAUUAUUAUUAUUAUUAUUAUUAUUAUUAUUAUUAUUAUUAUUAUUAUUAUUAUUAUUAUUAUUAUUAUUAUUAUUAUUAUUAUUAUUAUUAUUAUUAUUAUUAUUAUUAUUAUUAUUAUUAUUAUUAUUAUUAUUAUUAUUAUUAUUAUUAUUAUUAUUAUUAUUAUUAUUAUUAUUAUUAUUAUUAUUAUUAUUAUUAUUAUUAUUAUUAUUAUUAUUAUUAUUAUUAUACAUAAAAUAGACAUCUUCCAGACCAAGUUAGAAAUGAACAUGUCAAUCUAAUUGAAAAUAUCCUUAUUAAUGACAUUUUCAAUGUGACGAAAUAAAUGAGUAAAUUGUAAAAAUGAUCCCUUUUUUACAUUUCAAUGUGACAAAAUAAUGAGUACAAUGUAAGAGCUCACUAAUAAAUUUACAAAUACUUAUUUCAUACCACAUGUUGAAUGAGAAAUAUUUAAAAAUAGUUUUUUAGAUGCUUAAUGAAGUAAUAUAGAGGAUGUGAAAUUAAUUAAGAAACUUUUGUAUGAAUUCUUUAAAAUCGGGUUCAUAACCAUUAUGUUUAGUUGAGAUGCUUAUGUAGAAGUCCAAUUUAAAUAUUUUUCAUAUAAAUUUGAAUUACUUUUAUUAAUUAUAUAUGAUUUCGAAAAUAUCAAAUAUACAGUUAGCUAAAUUAUGUACUACCCGUGCAUCGCACGGGCUUGAAAGCUAGUGAAAGAUAUGAGUAAGAAUAAAUCAUUCAUACGAAAAUACUCCGUAUGGAGUAACAUAAUACGGAUUAGUAAAUGUUCACACGCAAUUAUGAAUACGAAUUUUAACUACAUAGCAACAUUGUAAUCUAAAAACUACUCCCUCCGUCCCUUCUAACUUUGUCAAUCUUCCUUUUUUGAACGCCCCAUUAAUUUUGCCACUUUCCCAUAUAAAUAAAGAAUUUGUGGUUCUAGUUAAUUCUCUCUUCUCUCCACAAAUCUCAAUCACACAAUUUUUACUUUAUUAAUCCUCGUGCCGGUCAAACUUGACAAAGUUAUUAGGGAUGGAGGGAGUAAUUCUAAGAAUAAAGAAGUACAAUACAUCAGUACCCUCUAAGUAAUACUCCUCCAUCCCAUUUUAUCUGUCAUACUUUCUUUUUUGGAUUAUCCUAAAUAAGUGUCUCAUUUCCUUUUUUGGAAAGAAAUAUGUGACCUACAAAAUUUCACUUUAUUAUACUCAAAUAUCAACCACAACUUUUACUUUUUUAACCACUUUAUUAAUAAUCGUGUCAAGUCAAAGUGAGACACAUAAAAUGACACUGAAUUUGAAGUGAUACUCCAAUGACAUCGUUGGUCGACUAAACAGAGCAGGUGAAUAAUGUCCUAUAAUUCUACUCCUUAGAGUUUCGUUGCGGUCAGUUUCCUUACAUAUAAAAUGAAAAUGGUGAAUCGUUUUCAGAUGUCUAAAAAUGCAGCUAUAUAUAGACAAAGAUCAAUUCGAAUAUGGACUCUGUUGAUAUGAAAACAAUGUAUAAACUCUGUCAAUACCGUUUUUCUUUGCAUUCCAACAUCGUCAAUAAAAUACACUCUUCAUAUUUUUUUACAUAUUGAUAUGCACCAUUCUGUAGUGCAUAAGUUUGCCAUUUGUAAUUGUUAGUUUAAUUUGUUGUUUUUACUUGUUUACUUGAGUUUGUGAUGUACUCUUUAGAUUCAUUUUAUAGAAUGUAAUUUAUAUUUUUUUUGUGUAUUUUGUUGGAAGUACCAAAAGAGAUGUAAAAGAGUAUUAUAGGUACCAAAGAAAGGCAAGAAAAAGCAUAAAUUUAUGUGAUGGUACAUAACCCGGUCGGGUUGGAGCAUAACCUAGUCAGAUUGGAAUUGACUAUGAAGCAAUCAAGAAACUACGUGUCAAACCCGAUCGGGUUGAGUUGACAUGGACAAUGGAACAUGACGAAGAUCAAUACAACAUGGGAAAUAUCCGAUUUAAUACGUAUUCCGGUCGGGUUUAUGUUGACAUCGAACAAAAAGACGUGCCGAAGAUCAAAAGAACAUGGAAAUCUAAUGUUGCACUCAACCCAGUCGGGUUGGUACCCAACCCGCUCGGGUUUGUACUCAAUCUGGUCGGGUUUGUACUCAAUCCGGUCGGGUUGGAUGUGAUUUCAGCACCUUCCGACUGCUUAAGGUACCUGAUCGGGUACCAGACUUUGCCACCUUCAAAUGCCUAUAAAUACACCAUUUUUCUUUUUUAUUUGGAUAUUCCUUCUUCCAUAAACUUAAGCUCAGUUUAGAAUAAAGUUUUCUUUAUAUUCUCUAGCAUGCUUAGUCUCCAAAUUAAUGAGGAGCUAAACUCUUCUCAUCUUGGUUUUGCUACAUUGAAGCUUGUGUUUUGUAAGGUGUAAGUUAUUUUCUAAAAUCAUAUUCCUUGAAUAUUAAUUACCUUCAUAUUUAGAUC